AUGUCGCGCUCGCCCCGCGCACGCACCGACGACGACGCCCCGCCCACUGACUGGCUGGCCGAGCUGCCGCACGAGCUGCUUCUCCACAUCCUCGAGGGCGUCGACGACUUCUCCGACUGCGCCGCCUUCAGCCUCGCGUCGCCGCGCCUCGGCCGCCUCGCCCUGCGCAGCGACCUGCCGCGCUUCAAAGACCCUCUCUUCGCCGUGGCGAUGCGGCUGCAGCUCGCCCAGCGGGUAGCCGCGCCGCGCCGCUCGCCCCGCCUCGCCGCUGCCAUCCCCCCCUCGCCUCUGACCGAGUCCAUCCUGCGCAAGUACGCCGCCGACCGCCGCGCCAGCGCCGACUACUUCCCAUGGCUUGCGAGGGUGAGCCCGGCGCUCUGCCUCUCGACGGAGCUGGGCGGCCCCGGAGACAAUCGCAUCGAUAUCUGGAGACUGAAGCGCGGCGAAGAGAGUGGCGCGGCGCUGCGGUUGCGUUCCUUGCGGUACGGCAGCGUCGUGCACUGCGAGGGCGAGCAAGGUGCAGAGCGGCUGGUGCGCGCAGAGUGUCCCGACGGCACGGUGGAGCACUUCGAGGGCGAGCGAGACGUUGAGCGGAUGGUGCGCAAGGUGCGUGCUGAUGGCGCCGUGGUGCACUUCGAGGGCGAGCGAGGUGCGGAGCGGAAGGUGCGAACGGAUAUGCCCGACGCCGUGGUGCACUUCGAGGGCGAGCGAGGUGCGGAGCGGAAGGUGCGAACGGAUAUGCCCGACGCCGUGGUGCACUUCGAGGGCGAGCGAGGAGCGGAGCGGCAGGUGCGCAUGGUGCUUGCCGAUGGCGUUGGGCACUACGAGGGCGAGCAAGGUGCGGAGCGCCUGGUGUGCCAUGAGUUUGCCGACGGCAGCGUGUCGUACUACGAAGGCGAGCAAGGUGCGCCGCGGCUGGUGCGUGUGGUAAACGCCGGCAACGUUGGGCACUACGAGGGCGAGCGAGGUGCGGAGCGGCUGGUGCGCUCGGAGUUUGCCGUCGGCGUCGUUGGGCACUACGAAGGCGAGCAAGGUUCGGAGCGGAUGGUGCGUGUGGUACACGCCGACGGCAGCGUGUGA